AUGGCCGCCCUCCCUCCCUCUCCUCCCCCCGGCGCGGCGAGGCAGCCUGCGCCGCCGGGCCUCGACGCCUCGCGCAAGCCCUACCACGGCCGAUGCCGUUCGCGUCGACCGGAUGCCCACCACGUCAGACCCCACGCGCCGCGGCCCCUCCUGCGCUCCCCUCACCCUUAUCCUCUCCCCAGCCCCCACCGAUGGACCAGAAGAUUCCUCGGCGCAGCGCUCCGCCCGCUGCACGCAGCCGGGCCACCGGCGUCCUGGCGCCGCUGCCCGGCGCCGUCCGCCCCUCCCCCGCCUCGGACCUCCGUGUCCACGCCCUCAGCUCGCCCUCACCUCCUAUUCCUCACCCGCAUCAUCGAGGCCAGUCCCCCAGGCACGCUGCUUCCUCCAGCGGAAUCGCAUUGCUUCGUCUGCCCCUCCAUCCGUGUUGUGCCCAGGCCCAUCGUCAUGCCCUCUGCAUCCAGCAUCAUCAAGUCUUCGAUCAAGGGACACCAUGUCGGCAGUGGAUCUUUUGGUUCAGUGUAUGACGCGAUUAGCGAUUGCUGCAAUCGAUCCUCCAGAAUUAUACAGGUCAAGCCUCGCAAAAAAGUGAAGUUCCCAAUUUGCUUUAACCUUGCCAAUCAAGAAGGUUGCAAACUGACUGAUGGGGUUCUUUAUGUAGGACAGUGUCCUGAAUGUUGUCGACCUAUUACAUCUGUUGCAAAAGGUUUUAAUGAAUUCAUGUUCCUUCUUGCCUGUUUAAGAGCAUUGCCCUAUGAAAAACGCAGUCCUCAUGGUUGCACUUUGCUACAGGGCAGAUGCGUUCACAGGAUGCUUGAUUCUGCCGCUUUUGUGGGUUCCAAUGUGUUUACACCAGAGAUUAUGGACAGCUAUGCCUCCAGUUUUCCAGAUGUUUCACGUAGAAUAUAUCCCAGAUUGCCCAAGCAUGAGCAAGAAUUUAGAUAUUCGUAG